AUGAGCGCAGUAAGUACCCGCGGGACCGUGAGUGGUCUUCGUAGCUUAAUGGCAGCGAGAUAUCUUUCUUGCAGUCAUAUUCGAUUCGAGUGCACUCCAAGCCAGACACCAAGCAAUGAGUUUCAAGCACACAAAAACAAGAGCACGAGACGGUAUCUGCAGACUAACCAUUUACACAGGCCGCUAGAUAACGCUGGGCCAGAAAGAUGGAGUUUCAAAUUCAAGACCAACUCUGGACCAAGCGUUGCUACAAAGCAACCCAGAGACAACAGAAUCCGAAAUGGAGCCACUGAGCUCAAGGCCGGGCCGGCUAAAUGGGCUACUUACUCGAUGCCUUCCAAGGAGACACUUUUGAAACAGCAGGAACAGACCGAUCAACAGAACAAGGAGGUUGCCGAGAAAAUUGCAUCUCAAGACGAUUCCCCUCGUACGGAACAAACCAAGAAAUUUAAGAGAAAGCUGAGACCACGCAAAGCGCUUAUAUCUCUCACUCCCAAUGCCAUACUGCAUCUGAAGUUGCUGCUGAAUCAGCCUGAACCGAAACUAAUAAGAAUAGGCGUCAAAAACCGAGGCUGCUCAGGCUUGACGUACGACUUGGAAUUUACAUCAUCGCCCGGUAAAUUUGACGAGGUUGUGGAGCAAGACGGCGUGAAAGUGAUUAUAGAUUCAAAGGCGAUAUUUAGCAUAGUGGGGAGUGAAAUGGACUGGAUUGACGACAGGCUAUCGUCGAGGUUCGUAUUUAAAAAUCCGAACUCAAAGGGAACGUGCGGGUGUGGAGAGAGCUUUAUGGUCUAA